CACCGCUGCGUCAACACCGUCGUCCUCCGUCAUCUAACACCGCCGUACUUUCAAUCAACACUUUCUUCUUCUUCCUCGUUAACUACAGAUUCCGGCAAAUAAUCCUAUUGGAUCAAUUUUCAGAAUCCGGCCAGCUAGGUUUUUUCCUCUGAAAUUGUAAAUUGUAGAUUCAGGCCAACUAGGUUUUUUCCUCUAAAAUUAGAAAUUGCACAUUCCGGCCACCGGUGUUUGCUUCCUCCAUCAAUCCGAAACUGUCUUCUUUUUCCAAAUUCUGGCAAAUUUUCCAAUACAAAUGGAAAAUAACAAUGAAGAAGUUAAUUCAAAUGAAAAGCAAGCUGAAUCUGAAUCUGAAUCAAAAGUUGAAAAAGAUAUCUGUUGACCGACGAUGGAACUGGAUAAGCAUUCCAAAAAGCCACUAAAGAAACCAAAAUAUACCCUAUACUUGCAAGAUGUUGAAAAGGUUGUAAAUCUUGGGGUCAGAAAAUACGCCUCUACUACAGUUUUCGAUGAGCCUUCGGUGGUUGCGGGUAUCAAUCAUUUUUUGGAUUCCCAAGCUAAACCACUGCUGGUGAAGCUAAACCAUCUAUCUAGCUCUAAGGAACAAGUAGCUGUAGUAAUUGAUCAUAGUGAAGAUGAUGAAGAAGAAAAAAGGAUAAACCUUCAAAUGGGAAAGCCAAAAAGUGCAGUAGAAUUAGCUCAAUUAGAGGCUCAACAAUCUGCACUGACGAUGAAAAGAAACGCAAGAAAAGUUGGAAGAUUGGAAAAUGUUAGGCGUAUUAUGGAAUGUUCUACAAAAGAUCAACUUGUGAAAUAUGAUGCCAAGACACUAGCAAGGACUGCCAUGUGGUUUAAAAAUUUGAUAAUGUCCCUUCAAAAUAUUAUGAAAGAAUACCCAGGAUCAAAUGAGUAUUCAGGAAAUUUGGACCAGGUGCAAAGGGAUGGAAAGAUAAAGGAGGGAAACGUGGAUGUCCGGGUGAAAAAUGUGCAAAAGGAAGGACAACUGGCAAACAAGAACAUUGUAAAGCCAAUGUCAUAUUUGAAUAAGGCAAAAUCGGGGAUGACGAAGAAUUGAG